CUGAAUCACUCCUUUGUAGAAAUUUAGCUUUUGAUCGCCCCUGAAAUUCGACACCUCCAAAUUUCAUCGGCAAAAUGCAUCUCCUCCCAGUGCUCCCCGUGAUCUUCAUCGCCGCCGUCUUCUGCUCUCCAAUGCCGGUACUCUGUACACCCGUUUCAGCUCGAUCGCAAUUGUUAAGGUCGUCAUCCUUCUCCGUUGCACUUGAAACUCUUCAGAAGCAUCUGAAUUAUGAUUUUCAGAACAUCGGGCUUCUGCGCCGCGCGAUGACUCACUCAUCUUACUCUGAAGAGAACAACAAAGCUUUAAGCAUUCUAGGUGAGAGCAUCAUCGAGACAACUGCUUCCCUCAGAUUGUUGACUAAAGAUGUGGAUAUAUCGUCGAAGGAUCUGAAUAAACGAGUUUCGGAGAUAUCGAAAGUGGAAACAUCGUGUGCUGUUGAUGGAAUGCGGUUAGGGUUGCAGAAUGUGGUUAGGGUCUCUUCGAAUACCAAUUCUUCGACUUCCUCAGUUGUCUGUGGUGCUUUUAGGGCAAUUUUUGGUGCUGUUGCGCUUGAUACAGGGAAAUCCGAUGAUGCUGGAGACGUGUUCUGGGUGGUUCACGGCGGUGCUGGAAGUGCACUUUCCAUGUAAGCAAAUUCCAUUUGAUGCUCCUUGUUAGUAAAUAGCUCUUCUGUGAUUACUAGUACUGUAUUAGUUUCUGAAAUCCAUAACACAUUCCUAGCACGUUUUGUGAUAUCUUCGUUGUUAUGUCUGUUUGACUGUGAUUGAUUGAAAGUUGUCUUUGACAUCCA